AAUUACAAGAUCUUCCUUCUUCCUGUUGAUAACGACGAUAAAAUUCAAUAAUAAAAACAAGUAAUAUUAAGUAUAAGACAGCUUACAUGUAGAUACAUUUUUGUAAGACGCCUCUUGGAUCGAAAAUUCCAAAAAAGUUACAGAAUGAAGAUGAAACUAUUCCUGACAUUAGUAUAUGUUGGGCAUGCUCUGACUGGUCCAUUGAUAUUUACACCAGCAGAACUCAACAAUGAAUGGGAACUGUUUAAAAUAUCCUACAACAAAAUGUAUUCAGAUAAUGUUGAAGAUUUGAAAAGACGCCAGAUAUGGGAGGACAAUGUUCGUUUUAUAGAACACCACAAUAUGGCGGCAGAUAGAGGCGAACAUAGCUACUGGCUUGGAAUAAAUCAUCUCGCUGACAUGUCUUUAGAUGAAGUAAGCCAGAUGAUGAAACAAUACGGAAACAACAGUUCAUUAGACGGGUCUACUUACCUCCCACCGAGUAAUGUAAAUACUCCCGAAGAAGUCGACUGGAGGAAACAAGGAUACGUCACACCAGUGAAAAAUCAGGGACAUUGUGGAUCAUGCUGGUCGUUUGCAGCCACGGGUUCAUUGGAAGGUCAACAUUUCAGAAAGACCGGGAAACUAGUGUCGUUGUCGGAACAGAAUCUUGUGGAUUGCUCAUCUGAUUACGGUAACAAAGGCUGUCACGGCGGGUAUGUGUCUAAAGCAUAUCAGUACAUUAAAGACAAUGGAGGGAUAGAUACCGAAUCCUCGUAUCCCUAUGAAGCUACGGAUGACAAUUGUAGAUUUAAGGAGAAUGAUGUUGGAGCUACAGCCAAAGGAUUUACUAACAUUGAAUCUGGAGACGAAAAGGCUCUACAGUCUGCAGUAGCUACCGUGGGACCAAUAGCUGUCGGGAUUGAUGUAAAGAGGUCUUUUCAACUAUACAGAUCAGGUAUAUUUGACGAUCCAACGUGUAGCUCUGUGACUUACAACCAUGGUGUAUUAGUUGUUGGAUAUGGGACGGAGAAUGGUCAGGAUUACUGGUUGGUGAAAAACAGUUGGAGUGCAUUCUGGGGAAUGGAUGGAUACAUCAAAAUGUCAAGGAAUAAAAACAACCAAUGUGCAAUAGCCACCGAUGCGCUCUAUCCGCUUGUCUGAAUUGAUUUUACGUUUUUAUUAUUUACCUUUUAUUAUAAUUUUUUUUAUUUCUGUAUUGAAAUACAGGACCUUUACAUAUAUAAACUUGCAAUAAUUAGAUAAUACAGUGAAACCUGGCUAAACCAAACCCUACAUAAAACAAAAACCUGCAUAAAAUAAACAUAUUAUAAAGAACUGUCAUAUCAAAUUGUUUGCGUUGUGAUAACGCCAUACAUGUGCCAAAACCGAACAAAAUGUUGAGUCCAGAAGAGAUUUGGUUUAAACAGGUUUGACUGUAAUAAUUGUAAUCUAAUGUAGAAUUUUCACGAUAUUUAUAGUCCCAUACAUAGUACAUGUAUUUUUGUAUGUUUAUACAAAAUCAGACAAAACUGGUUUUAUACCACA